AUGGUGCCCCAGAAGAAAUGGAUCGUGAACGCGUUCGUGGAGAUGUGCAGUGGCCAUCAGUCGCCUGGACUAUGGAGACAUCCCGAGGAUCACUCGCACGAAUUCGGCGAUGUCCAGCACUGGGUUGAACUGGCAAAGCUGCUAGAAGAAGCUAAAUUCCACGGCAUAUUCAUCGCCGACGUGCUCGGUGGCUACGACGUAUACAACGGCAACCUCGACGCAGCGCAGAUCUCUGGCGCACAGUGGCCUGUCAACGAGCCGCUUAGCGUUGUGAGCGCAAUGGCAGCAGCGACCAAGAGUAUCGGGUUUGGCGUGACUGUGUCGACGACGUACGAGCAGCCUUACCACCUGGCUCGCAGACUGUCGACUGUCGAUCACCUCUCGAAAGGGCGACUAGGCUGGAAUAUUGUGACUAGCUAUCUCGAUUCGGCUGCGCGCAACAUGGGCUUCAAAGAGCAGCUUGCACACGACGAGCGGUACGCGCAAGCCGAGGAGUACGUGAAGGUCAUGUACAAGCUCUUCGAGUCUUCGUGGAGAGACGACGCGGUGGUGCUCGACCGCGAGAAGGGCAUUUACACCGUCCCCGACAGAGUCCGCGAAAUCAACCACCGCGGGAAGUACUUCACAGUGCCUGGGCCGCACAUCUGCCAGCCAAGCCCGCAGCGCACGCCCCUGCUGCUCCAGGCGGGCACAUCCAGAGCCGGCAAGCAGUUUGCAGCCGAGAGCGCAGAGGCCAUUUUCGUGAGCGCUUUCAGCCCUUCGGUGCCCGCUAAGAGCAUCGCGGAGAUUCGAGAGCUGGCCGCAACGCAGCAUGGGCGCGACCCCAGCAACAUCAAGGUCCUGGCUCUGGUGACUCCGAUUAUUGGUCGGACAGAGGAAGAGGCGCAGGCGAAGUUGGCCGAUUACAGAAAAUAUGCUUCGCUGGAUGGCGCGCUGGCGUUGUUUUGUGGCUGGACGGGCAUCGAUCUGGGCAAGUAUGGUGACGAUGAGGAGCUUCGUGAAGUCGAGAGCAACGCGGUGAGAUCAACUGUAGAGGCAUACGCAAAGUUCUCCCCCGGGACAUCGAAGUGGACAAAGCACACGGUCGCGGAGCACGUGAGCAUCGGUGGAAAUGGUCCCAUCAUCGUUGGCACCCCGGCUCAAGUGGUGGACGGACUCCAGACCUGGGUCGAUGAGGCUGAUGUCGACGGGUUCAACUUUGCCUACGCUUUGUUCCCGCAGUCUUUCAAAGACAUCAUCGAGCUGCUGCUCCCAGAGUUGAGGGCGCGAGGCUUGUUCUGGGACGACUACGCCGUCCCUGGAGGCACGUACAGGGAGAACUUUUACGGGAAGCCGGGGCAGACAGGUCCGUUGGACGAGCACAUCGCAUCAAAGUACCGUUGGAAGGCCGGUGUCGAGGCCAAAGACCAUAUCAUCCCUGAGUAG